AACAAUAGUUUAUUGAUUAUUGUGACCAUUCUCCUUCUCUGUCAGUGACCAUUCUUUUUCAGUGGCAUCAGCUGGACUGUUGGUGAAAGAAGCCAAUAUAAGGUUAAGAAUGAAGUCCCUGGAAGCUCGUUCCACAUUCCAUGUGUUUAACUUCAUUCCCUCUAAAUGAAGGGCUUAUCGGCCCUGUCGCUCUCUUUCAAACACAGACACACACACACACACACACACACAAUACAGACUGUGAAGGGGGGGGUGGCGUUUAGCAUGCAUUAUUAAUUACUAUUUGAGCAUCUGUCUGUGUCUGUGCGGUCGGCUCAGGGGGCUUGGGGGCGGGGGGGGGAUCCGCGGCUGAGCAAACACACAGGCAGAUUCCAGCUAGAAUGUCAAACGCGUCCCUCCGUCACUGCAGCCAUUGGUAGAAAUGUCUGUUUCCAGUCUGUUGGCUAGGUGCAUUUAGGUCGUUGGGCUCAUAGCCUGCGUCCAUGCCUUGGCGACAGCCGCGCUACGCGCUACACUGCUCCGCUAUUUUCCCUGACCCUGUGUAGGCUCUCGCGCUCAGUUAAGCAAACACUAGACCCACUGAUCAUCAGACGCUCUUCAACAAAUCAGUGUGCGAUUCUGCGAGAGCGAGUGCACAUCGUAAACUAUUCUUUCUCUGCACUCUAUAUCUCUCCAGGAUGGAUUUACCUUUAGCGGAGACAGCUACCUCGUAUCCCGAGUGAGGGGAGUCUUAUCAAUUGCCAAGUUUCGUCUAUUCCUGGAGUUUUGAGUGGUGAAGAAAGCGUUUUUUCCUCCCUUGAGCCUCACUAGUUUUUCACCACCUUUGCUCGCAUCAGCUGGAGCGAGAGCUGCCGCUUCACAAUGGCAGGAGCGGGAAUAUUUCCGUGCAUUCUGCUGUUACAGUGUUUUAUCUCCACUGCGCUGUGCAACGCCGGAUUCGCCUUCACGGAAGAGCCAUCGGAGAGAGCUGGGAAGUCAGACGGGUAUUGUGGUCGGAUAUUACGGGCUCAGGGCACUCGGAAGGAAGGCUACAACGAGUUUCGGCUCCGGGUCGAGGGGGACCCAGAAAAUUAUCAGCCUGGGAGCACUUACAGAGUGACUCUGUAUGCAUCCAGUCCCGCUUACUUCAGAGGUUUCACCCUCAUCGCUCUGAGGGAGGGCAGGGAAGGAGACAAAGAAGAUGACUAUGCUGGCAAUUUCCAGAUCAUCGAUGAAGAGGACACCCAGUUCAUGAUCAACUGUCCCCCGGCAGUGACAGAGAGUACCCCUCGGAGACGCACCAGGAUCCAGGUGUUCUGGACAGCACCCCCCAGCGCCUCUGGUUGUGUCACCCUCAAGGCCAGCAUUGUCCAGAAGAGGAUCAUCUACUUCCAGGAUGAAGGCUCUCUCACCAAGAGGAUGUGUGAGAAAGAGUCAUUGUAUGGGGAGACCACAGAGAAGCCUUUGCUGGAUUGCUGUGCCUGUGGAACAGCCAAGUACAGAGUCACCUUCCACGGCAACUGGUCAGAGAAGGUGCACCCCAAAGACUACCCUCGGCGUGCUAACCACUGGUCGGCCAUCAUCGGAGCGUCCCACUCUAAGAACUACGUGCUGUGGGAGUAUGGUGGCUACGCCAGCGAGGGCAUCAAGAAGGUGGCUGAGCUGGGAUCACCUGUCUCCAUGGAGGAAGAGAUCAGGCAGAAGGGUGAUGACGUCCUGACAGUCAUCAAAAUGAAGGCGCAGUGGCCUGCCUGGCAACCCUUGAAUGUUCGUGCUGCCCCGUCAGCUGAGUUCUCAGUGGACCGUACCCGUCACCUGAUGUCCUUCCUCACCAUGCUGGGGCCCAGCCCUGACUGGAACGUGGGGCUGUCUGCAGAGGACCUCUGCACCAAGGAGUGUGGUUGGGCCCAGAGGGUUGUCCAGGAUAUGAUCCCCUGGGAUGCAGGCACCGACAACGGGGUCACCUAUGAGUCUCCCAACAAGCCCACAGUCCCUCAGGAGAAGAUACGCCCCCUGACUAGCCUGGACCACCCCCAGAGCCCCUUCUACGACCCUGAGGGGGGCGCCAUCACCCCCGUGGCCAGGGUAGUAGUGGAGCGCAUCGCCCGAAAGGGAGAGCAGUGCAACGUCGUGCCUGAUAACGUGGAUGACAUUGUGGCUGAUAUCGCCCAGGAGGAGAAAGAGGAAGGUCUGUGUCUCUCUUUACCUCUCUCUCCCCUCUGUGUCCCUGUAUCUCCCCAACUCUGCCAACAAAGGUUAAAUCCUGAAUGCAACUCAAAUGCCAUAACUGACUGUGACUUUCUGCACUUUGGCCCCGACCUCUCAGAAGGGUCCACCUGCACGAUGUCAGAGUGGAUCACCUGGUCUCCGUGCAGCAUGUCAUGUGGGAUGGGCCUGCGGUCCAGGGAACGCUACGUCAAGCAGUUCCCUGACGAUGGCUCUGUGUGUACAUUGCCUACUGAGGAGAACGAGAAGUGUAUUGUGAACGAGGAAUGCACACCCAACAGUUGUCUGGUGACAGAGUGGGGUGAGUGGGACUCCUGCAGUGCCACCUGUGGGCUGGGUAUGAAGAGAAGGGAACGCAUGGUGAAGAUGCCUCCCCCGGACGGCUCCAUCUGUGGGGCUGAGGUGCUGGAGGUGGAGAAGUGCAUGAUGCCAGAGUGUCACACCAUCCCCUGUAUGCUGUCUCCGUGGUCUGACUGGAGUGACUGCAGUGUGACGUGUGGGAAAGGCAUGCGGACGAGGCAGCGCGUGCUCAAGUCUCCUGUGGAGCUGGGAGAGUGUACAGAGGACCUGGAGCAGGUGGAGAAGUGUAUGCUGCCAGAGUGUCCAACAGACUGUAUGGUGUCAGAGUGGACGGAGUGGUCUGAGUGCAACAAAUCCUGUGGUAAAGGUCACAUGAUCAGGACACGCAUGGUGAAGCUGGAGCCUCAGUUCGGAGGGGACUUGUGUCCCGAGACUGUACAGAGGAAGAAGUGUAAGAUCAGGAAGUGUAACCGCGGCGGUGGCCAGGGACAGGUCAACAGCGACGAGAAGAAACGUCGCAAGGAGGCGAGGGAGAAGAGGAGGAGCAAACAGGGGGGGCGACAGGGGGAGGAGACCACGUCGACCGCUGAACACCCAGGCUGUAAGAUGAGGCCAUGGUCCAACUGGACGGACUGUACCAAGCUGUGUGGCGGGGGGAUUCAGGAGCGGCUCAUGACAGCCAAGAGGAGGCUUAAGAGCGCCCAGCUCCCCAGCUGCAAGGACAGGAAGGAGAUCCGAGCGUGUAACGUGCACCCCUGCUAGAUGGACCAAGUUGGGAUGGGUACGGAGUGGGUGGAGGUUGCCCAUAAACACUGGUGUGAGCUCAGUUGUUUUCCCCUCUGACAGUUCAGAUUAGGUUUGGGGAUUGUAAGCUGAUCCUAGAUCUGUGCCUAUGGGCAACUUGGUUAUGUGACGGAGCGUGAGGUGGCAUAGUGUCACUCACUCUGUUUAGGACUGGCACGGACCUUAAUCUCUCUUGGUUUAAUCCAGGGCUGAGUCUGAAGAUUCUAGAUUGGGGAAGGUACACUGGUUCUGUAUACACCUCUAGUCAGAGUUUGGAAAGAGUUUAGCAAAUUCUGAAAUGACCCAUCCGUCAAGGUCAAAGGUCAUGUGUUAUUUUACAAGAAGGAAGGAAGGAAUUCCCUUGGUCUCUUCUCGGGCCUAAAACAAACAGCCAUUUCGAGAGAGGAUCUAGGCUUCCCAAAAUAAUGCCUAGCCUCUGAUGAACCUGACUGAUUUUCCUCUGUUCGUAAAUUAACUAGCUCUGUUACAUAUAGGAUUAUUCUGCAAGAUUACUGUAAACUUGUUGUGGUAUAAUAUUCUUGAAUAAUGAUAAUGUUGAAAACACCAAUUGAUUUAAUAAGCGAUAGUACUGUUAGGCUAUAUCCUGUAGUAUCCUCUUUGGUAGUGUAUAUUAUCCCAGAACUUAAAGCACAGUUACCCAGCCAUUCCAGCAUUUUAUAAUCCUUCAGAAAAAAAAUAUGUUUCUAGGAUCAAGAAAUCUCCUGUAUGACUUUUUACUCAGCUGUACUACUGUUCAUGUAGACACACCGCAACUGAAAUCUCUAUGAUUUUGUGCAUUGUUAUUAUAAGAUCAUUUUUUUAAAAAAUUUUUUGCUGUGGAUUUUUUGAUAGGAAUAUCACCCAAGAGUCUUACCAAAGUCUUGUGUAGAUGUUUUUUACGUGUCUUUCACUUCUCUUUUUUCUCUGCUCCUCUAACAUAUUCAUAUUUUGGAAUAUAUCACCUUUACAAUAAAAGUAAAUGUUAGAAAUUGUCA